AUGGGCGAGCCGCCCGCGGAGCUGCCGGCCCAGCGCCGGCCGUCGAUCCGGAGGACACGGGUGGCCAAGCCGGCGGCGCCCCAAGCCGGGAUCCCCACAAGGCCGAUGCCCCAGAGCAAGAUCUCAGCGAAUGCACCACAAAUGCCCCAGACCAGGAUCAUCAUCGACCGCGUUCACGCGAACUCGAGGGCGUUGGGUGGAUCGGCCCUGCAAAGCACAGGGCGUGGGAUGCGGCAGGUGGGGGAGCGGGGCCGCAGACGGUCGUCGCUGAGCGGGCAGAAGCGACCGAUCGGCGACAGCGAGGCGUCGCCGCGGGCCGCGUCGCCGGCGCCGGACAUCGACCGGAGGGACAGGGGCGACCCGCUGCGGUGCGCGGACUACGCCGCUGCCAUCUACGAGCACUACCUGGCGGUGGAGGCGGCAGUAAUGGCGGACCCGAACUACAUGGCCAUGCAGGCGGAGAUCAACCACAAGAUGCGGGCGGUGCUGGUGGACUGGAUCGUGGAGGUCCACGCCAAGUUCAAGCUGAUGCCCGAGACCCUCUUCUUGACGGUGAACCUGAUAGAUAGGUACCUGUCCACAGUGCGAGUUGGCAGAAAGAGGCUCCAGCUGGUUGGCAUAGCGGCCCUGCUCAUCGCCGCCAAGUACGAAGAGAUUUGGCCUCCAGAGGUCCAGGAUUUCAUCGACAUAUGCGACCACGCCUACACGCGGCCGGAAAUCCUCGACAUGGAGAGGAGCAUGCUCAUCGAACUGGGAUGGAAGCUGACGGUUCCCACCAUUUACCACUUCCUACCCAGGUUCAUGAAGGCGGCCGGAAGCCAGGAGGACAAGAACGCCAACCUGGUGGCCGCCUACCUGACCGAGCUGUCCCUGCUGCACUACGGCUCCCUCAAAUACAAGGGCUCGCAGAUCGCCGCCUCCGUGGUCUUCAUCGCCAGGCGCAUGGUCCGCCAGGCCGACGCCUACCCGCUCGCGCUGCGGAAGCACUCCACCUACUCUCUGGACGACCUGAGGCCCUGCGUGGAGGAGCUGGGUCAGGUGCUGAAGCAGGCGGGGCGGGAGGUCACCAGGGCGGUGCACAGGAAGUACGCGCACAGCAAGUACCGCCACGUGGCCACGGAGCUGAGGGCACUGACAUCCGCUUGA